GGAUUAGAUAACAUUUUGCUCAUGCAACAUUGUAUUGUAUAUGCACAACAUGCACGUGUCCAAGUAAUUAAAACCAGCUUUAAAAUACUCUUAGUUGCACAGUUAUCUUUCUAAUCACAGUAAAGACAGAUGUAUUACUGUCAACGGUUUCUAUAGGAUUUUUAAAUAUUUUAGUCCUACGAAAAAGAGCAGUGAAGUGAAUCUUGCAACACUUUUAAGGCUGUAAAACAGAGGACUAAGUUCGCUACCUAUACUAAUUUCAAUAAUUAUAUCGUGAUUGCUUCAAGUGGAUUAAUAUAAGAUGCGACGUUGCUCACUCGUGGUUGAUUGCACACAUGAUUAGUGAAAGAACUAAGAACCCGUCAGUCUUACUCUAAACGCAUCUAAUUCAAGAGGCAAGAAUGAGGCUCUCGGCGCCUAUAAUCCUGAUGUCGCUGCUGGGCUGGGGCUGCAGCUACAGGAUCCUGGUGGUGUUCCCGCUGCCCGGCGGCAGGAGCCACAGCAUCCUCGGGGAGGGGAUCGUGCGCCACCUGCUGGCCGCUGGCCACGAGGUGACGUACAUUACUGGGGUCCCCUCGAAAAUAUCAGCCCCCAAGUUUCGACAGAUCGACGUCUCAUCAAUUAGAACUAAAAUUCAUAACCCGGAGGACGUCUGCGACAUAGAAAAGAUCCUGAGCCAGGGCAGAGAAGUGCUGUUCAACCAGGAGAUAGCGUGGCUGCAGCUGGGGGUCCACAACCGCACGGCCACCCACGGGCAAGUGCAGGCGUUGAUGCUGGACCCGACGGAGCAGUUCGACCUGGUCAUCGUCGAGUGGCUGUUCAAUGAGUUCUUGGCCGGUUUCUCGACUGUGUUCAACUGCCCUUACAUCUGGGUGUCGUCUCUGGAGCCCCACGGGCUGGUGCUGUCGCUGAUCGACGAGUGGACGGAUCCGUCCUACGUGCCCGAUGUUCAUUCCAGGGCCCUCCCGCCGUUCACUUUCGCAGAGAGGAUCAGUGAGUUGUGGACGAUCUUCAGGCACAAAUAUAUCAGAUGGCAGCUAAUGUCGGAAGAGCAAGUGUUGUACGAGAGCGCGUUCGGGCGGGCGGCGGCGGCGCGGGGCCGGCGGCUGCCGCCGCUGGAAGCCGUCAAGUACAACGCCUCGCUCAUGCUGGGCAACUCGCACGUGGCUAUCGGACAGGCCACCAAGCUGCCGCAGAGCUACGUGGCCGUAGCUGGGUACCAUAUUCAGGAUAAACCUUUACCUGAAAAUUUGCAAAAGAUCAUGGAUGAAGCCAAAAAUGGGGUUAUUUACUUCAGUAUGGGUUCGAUGAUAGAGGCCCACCGCAUGCCAAAGACCCUGAAGCAGGGGCUCUUGGCUAUGCUAGGGAGCUUGAGACAAACUGUCAUUUGGAAAAUGGAAGAAACACCGGAUAACUUGCCGAAAAACGUCCACGUCGUGAGCUUCGCACCGCAGCAGGGUAUCUUAGCUCACCCAAACUGCAUCCUGUUCAUCAGCCACGGGGAGCUGUCCACGAACGAGGCCCUCCACUUCGCCGUGCCCGUCCUCGGCGUGCCUGCCUUCGGGGACCAGUUCCAGAACAUGAAGCGCGCCGUCCAGAAGGGAUUCGCGUCGCAAGUUCCGCUGAGCUACAAUCUUCCACGAGAACUGAAAGUGGCAAUUGAAGAGAUGAUUGGAAAUCCUAAGUACAGGGAGGCUGUGCGCGAGUUGUCCCUGAUGUACCACGACCGGCCUGCGCCGGGCGCGGAGCUGGUGCAGUGGGUAGAGCGCGUGGUGCGCACGCGCGGCGCGCCGCAUCUGCGCUCUCCUGCGCUCCUGGUGCCCUGGUACCAAAAGAUGUACUUCGACCUGCUGGCUCUUGUGGUUGUCGUUGUUUUAGUUAUUUAUUUUACUAUAAGACGAUAUAUGACGAAGGAGACUGAUGUGAAUAAGAAGAUGAAAUGA